AUGCAUUCGGCUCUCAAAUGUCCCACUGCAUGUAAGUUUUUCCACAGCCCACCAGCGAAGCCUGAAGAAAAACCUUCGGAAAGCGGUGAAGUCCACCAGCGCGAGGAGCUCUGCCACUGGCCGUGCAGAUGCCCACCUGUGCCAGCCUGCACCCCCGGGGUAAGCCUGGUGAAGGACGGCUGCGGCUGCUGCAAGGUCUGCGCCAAGCAGUCGGGAGAGAGCUGCAACGAAGCAGACAUCUGCGACCCCCACAAAGGCCUCUACUGCGACUACUCGGCAGACGAGCCUAGGUAUGAAACAGGCGUGUGUGCACAUCUGGUAGCUGUAGGAUGUGAGCUCAAUGGAGUUCAUUACCUUAACGGGCAGCCCUUCCAGCCCAGCCCGCUUUAUAAGUGCCUGUGCGUCAGCGGUGCAAUCGGCUGUACGCCUGUAUUCACACCGAGAUUGGCAGCGAGUCCCUGCCCCAGGGCCACGGGCAGCAAGAAGCCUGGACAGCCCACCUGCGGCCCUGGACAGCACAAGCGGCUUCAGUCAACAGACUACAGACUGCUGUCGGCUUACAGAAGCUUACCGCUAGUUUUGAAAAAGAAGUGCCUGGUGCAGGCAACUCCUUGGACACCCUGUUCCAGGACCUGUGGCAUUGGCAUAUCCAUCAGAGUGACCAACGACAACACAAAAUGUGAAAUGAAAAAAGAAAAGAGAUUAUGCUUCAUCCAGCCUUGUCUGACCAAUAUACUGAAGACAAUAAAGAUUCCAAAAGGAAAAACAUGUCAGCCGACAUUCCAGCUUCCUGCAGCAGAGAAACUAGUUUUUUCUGGAUGCUCCACGACACAAAGCUACAAACUGACUUUCUGCGGGGCGUGCUUGGACAAGAGGUGCUGCGUACCUAACAAGUCCAAAAUGAUCACAGUGCAGUUUGAGUGUCCCAAUGAAGGCGCCUUUAAUUGGAAGAUGAUGUGGAUAACAUCGUGCGUAUGUCAGAGGAUCUGCAGUGCUCCGGGAGACAUAUUUUCUGAACUCAAAGUUUUAUGA